AUGGCUCGUCGUCAUGUAGCCCAUGUUAAUCUCACACCGAAUAAUCAUUACUCAUUGAAUGAUAAGAAUAAUGUUCGUUCAUUAACAAUAUAUCCUGAACCCAAAACAAAUCUUCUUAAUUUGAAAAUAUACAAAACCAAACAUAAUAAAACGGAUUGUGGAUACAUAGAUAUAGGGUUGUCUGAUACUAUAAAAGUGUUGAAAGAGAAAAUUGCGCUUUAUUUACCAAUUAAUGUGCCGAUAAAAGAUUUUUUUUUGGAAGUGUUUGACGAAAAUGAUAAACAAUGGAAAGUAAUUGAUGAGUCAAAUCCUUCGACCACUAUCAAUCACCUGAAAUUACGCUCUGGUUGUACCUUAGCUAUCGGAUAUCGUACUCAAGAGACACCAAAAGAUCAACAUCUUCUUAGUUCAACUUCAGUUUCCGAAAAUAGUCGUGAAUUAUUAUUGAAAAUUUGUAGAAUACCUAUGGAUAGAACACAUUAUACAAAUAUAUAUAUUAACUCUUUAUGCACUCUUAGAAAAUUACGAAAAGAAGUCUAUGUUAUACUUAAUAAGUUACCGAAGAAUCAACCUCUCUUUCGAUGGAAUAAAGAUGGCUGGACGAAAUUUGAAUCGGACAUGGAUGAUAAAACUUUAGAUAACCUAUCUUUUGAAUCGUAUACAUUUAUAAGUACAGAUUUUGAUGAAGAAAAUUUUAGUUCAAAAGUUCCAUUGGGUAUAUGUGGACUAAGCAAUUUAGGUAGUACUUGCUUUAUGAAUAGUGUUUUUCAAUGUUUAAAUUAUAUACCCAAAUUUAUAAAAAGUAUUUUGGAGUUAAAUGAUGAAGUUAAUGCACCAAUUAUUAGUGAAUAUAGAAAAUUAAUUAAAAAAAUGUGGUCAGGAAAAUAUACAGUGAUCAAUCCAUCGUUACUUCUUGAAAAUAUUCAAGAUAAUUUACCACAUUAUGAAAGUUAUCGACAACAAGAUGCACAUGAAUUUAUGGAUCAUUUUUUACAUCUUAUUCAUGCUGAAUUUUCAAUGAAAAACACACUUAUUACUGAUUUAUUCUAUGGUCAAUUUCGAUCAACUGUUAAAUGUCUUGAAUGUCAGCAAAUUGAAAUAACCAAUGAGCCUUUUACUUUUUUACCAUUAUCUAUUAUGAAUUAUAAUCAAAUGUAUGUACUUUAUGCUAAAGUUGAUGGUGAACAACGUUUAGUCUCUAUACAAGUUGAUUCAUCUGUGAUCACUUUUCGUGAUUUGAUUGAUUGCUUUAUCAAACAGUAUGAACCAAAAUUAACUAGCGAACGAAUUCGAGCUGUUCGCUUAGUUAAUAAUAUCAUUGAUCAAUUAUAUGAGCCUUGGAACUCCAUUCAUGAUGUAAAUGAAGAAGAACUUGCUUUUCUAGAACGUCCAGAGAAGACCACUCAUGAAAAAUAUAUGCGGUGUGAAUUCAUCGAUAGUACUACUGGUGAAGCAUUCCGUCCACCAACUGUUCUAUUUUGUCCGGAUCAAAAAUGUAGUUAUCUACAUCUAUCAGAUCAAAUUGAUCAACUUCUUGGUCAUCUUUGUUCUAUGACACAUGCACCAGUUUCCGCUUGUCAAAUAUACUGGAUUGAUCGAAAAAAAAGGCGAUAUAAGUUGAAUAUAGAAACAGAUACAGAUGAGGAGCUGCCAUGUAUACUCACUAUUAAUAUUGCAAUGGCUUCUAAAUGGGUUGAUAUCUACAAAACACAGUACAAUACCAAGGAUUCAACUAAUAAUUCAAUAUUAAAUAGAUUGUUAGCUGAUUUUUUUCGUGAAGAUUAUCUUGAUGGUGAUUAUCAUUGUUUGAAAUGUUCAAAAUCUAGUAUAGCUCAACGUAAGUCAGAAUUAUGUUUACCAUUACCACACGUACUCGUAAUACAAUUAAAAAGAUUUGCAUAUGACAAUUAUUCAAAUAAAAAAAUUAAUACAUAUAUUUCAUUUCCUCUUCAUGAACUUGAUCUUAAUGAGUAUAUUGUAAAAGAUGGUAAUAAUGAUGCUGAAAAAAUUUCAUCAACAAACUAUGAUCUAGUUGCUGUUUCCAAUCAUACGGGUAGUCUCAUGUCUGGACAUUAUACAACAUUUGCAAAAAAUUUUCGAGAUGAAAAUUGGUAUUUAUUUGAUGAUCAAUUUGUCAGAAAAAUUGAUAGUGAUAAAAAUAUUGUUACUAAAAAUGCAUACAUACUUGUUUAUGUACAAAGAACUCAAUAA